AUGCCAACGGUUUUGGAAAACCCACCGCCGACGAAUGUUACAUCAAUGUCCGACCAUCAUCCCAACCGAAAGUCGCUCAAGCUUCCAUUUGUGGAUGCACCACCUUUGGAUUACCAAUCAUUUGAUUCAAUACAACUUGGUGAUGAAGUUGCAUCUUUUAACAUGUAUCAUGAUUUCGGGUCUAUAAACCCGAACCAAUUUGAUGAUUUUGGUAUAACMCGUAUAGCUCAUAACUUCAUUCCUGAGAUUGGACGUGGAUCUCCCUCAACUUUAAAAAUAGAUAACUACUUCGAAGAUAUUUCAGAUAGUACUUUAGAUUCAUGUGCCAAUUCAUCCAUGCCUUUAUCGACAAUAGAGCAAGCUUCUUCUAUGGUUCGGUUAUCAGCAGGGCAUCAUAGAUUACAAACGAGGAAUGUAAAUGUAGCUGAUAUACCAAUCAUUGAUAUUACAUCAGAUGAAGAACCGGACCAUCCAGUAACAGCUACAAACAUAAUUGCAAGAAUAUUUGAAGAAAUUAGAAGAUUUGUUAAGGACACGUGCCUAAAUCCAGAAGACAGGCCUAACAUUCUUUGUCGUUUAUUUAAGAUCAAGCUUGAUGCACUUGUUAGAGAAUUGAAAGAGAAUGAGUUUUUUUUUGGCAAAAUUCAAGCAGAUUUCAAGCUACCUACUGUUGAACAGAUUUAUCCUAUCAUCUCAGCUAAGAUCCCAGACAAAAACAGUGAUCCAGACUUACGAGUUGAUGAACGUUUUAUUGAAAAAUCAGGUGUUAAACUAGACAACAGAAAUGUUGUUCCAUAUAAUAAACAUUUGUUGAAAAGAUAUCAAGCACACAUUAAUGUUGAGUGGUGCAAUCAGGCAUCUUCAAUCAAGUAUAUGUUCAAAUAUAUCAACAAGGGUCCAGAUAGAGCUAUUGUUGCAAUUGUAGAAAACAAUAAUGAUGUGGUCACUGUUAAUGUUGUUGAUGAGAUAAAACAGUAUUAUGAUUGUAGAUACCUUUUUUCAUGUGAAGCUUCAUGUCGUAUUUUUGGAUAUGAUGUUCAUUACAGGACUCCUUCUGUUUUAAGACUUCCUUUUCAUCUUCCGGGACAACAACAAGUGGUGUUUGGUGCUAAAGAUAAUAUUCAUAAUGUCCUAAACAGACCAUCUGUGGCGUCCUCAAUGUUCUUAGCUUGGAUGCAUUGUAAUCAAAUUUAUCAAGAAGCACAAGAACUCACUUACGUUGAAUUCCCUAUAAAGUAUGUGUGGAAAUUGGACGAACGACCUUGGGAUCGAAGGAAAAAAGGAUUCUCAAUUAGACGGAUUCAUUCAGUUUCUCCUACCGUAGGAGAAGGGUAUUACUUACGAAUUCUUCUGAAUAAAGUCAAAGGUCCUAAAUCAUUUGAAGACAUUCUACGAAUUCUUCUGAAUAAAGUCAAAGGUCCUAAAUCAUUUGAAGACAUUCGUACAGUUAAUGGAAAAACAUUUCUUACUUUUAGAGAUGCAUGUUAUACUCUUGGGCUUUUAGACGAUGACAAGGAAUAUAUUGAAGCCAUUGAAGAGGCAAAUUUAACUGCAUCUGAUUUAUCUCUUAAUGAAGAACAAGUGAAGAAUCUAACUUUGUUCGAAAUUGAAAAGAUUUUGCUUCGUAACAAUUCCACGUUGAAAGACUUCACUACUCUGCCUUAUCCUGAUAAUGAUUCGCUUGAAUCCUCAAACAACCGUUUGAUUGCAGAAGAAAUGGACUAUAAUCAUCAUAAUUUACGUGAUGAGUUUCAGACACUUGUAAAUGCUCUAACAAAUGAGCAAAGAGGUGUGUAUAAUGAAAUCAUGACUGCGAUUGAAAAGAAAAAAGGUGGUGUAUUUUUUGAAUAUGGUGGUAUUGCAUCUUUACUUCUUACCGGUGGUAGAAUAGCACACUCUCGGUUUCACAUCCUACUCAUUCUCAAUGAAGAUUCUCUUUGCCACAUGAAGCCAGACAGUGAUGUUGCGAGCUUAAUAAAGAAAACUACUUUGAUAAUACGGGAUGAGGCACCAAUGGUUCAUAAACAUGCAUUUGAAGAAUUAAAUAGAAGUAUGAAUGAUAUUUCCAAUGCUCAACGUAGUGGUGACUCACAUAUGCUUUUUGGGGGUAAGGUAAUUGUUUUUGGAGGAGAUUUCAGACAGAUUCUGCCGGUUAUUCUCAAUGCAGGUGGACAAGACAUCGUAAAUCCAUCAUUAAGUUCAUCUUACAUUUGGGAAAAAUGCAAAGUCCUAAGGUUAACUAGGAACAUGAGGCUAACUGCAAACAGUGAGAGUUCAGAAAUUGAGCAAACAAGGGAUUUUGCAAAAUGGAUUUUGGACUUAGGAGAAGGAAAAGUUGGAGGUGAUAAUGAUGGUGAAGCAAUUAUUGAGAUACUUUAUGAUCUUCUCAUUACUGAUUGCAUCGAUCCUAUAUCUGCAUUAAUCGAAUUUGUCUAUCCCUCAAUUCUUGAAAACAUCAACAACUCAGCUUAUUUUCAAGAACGAGCAAUACUUGCACCAAAAAAUGAAGUAGUUCAAGAAAUAAAUGAUUGUUUGCUGUCAUUGUUUCCAGGAGAAGAAAAUCAGUACUUAAGUUUAGAUACGUUAUGUGAAUUAGAGCACAUUCAUGAUGAGUUUGAUAAAACUUUGUACUCUCCUGAUGUUUUAAAUAGUCUUAAAUUAUCAGGAAUACCAAACCAUAAGAUUUUACUAAAAGUUGGUGUUCCUAUCAUGUUAUUGAGGAAUAUUGAUCAAAAAUCUGGAUUAUCUAAUGGUACUAGACUGCGGGUGUUAACAUUGGGAAAUCGAGUAAUAGAAGCACAGGUUAUAUCUGGAAGCAAUAUUGGAAGUCGUGCAUUCAUUCCAAGAAUAUCCUUAUCACCUACAAACAAAAAGACACCAUUCAAAUUUCAAAGGAGACAGUUUCCAAUUGAUGUAUGUUUUGCCAUGACCAUUAAUAAGAGCCAAGGACAAUCAUCAUCAAAAGUUGGUUUAUUUCUACGACAACCGGUCUUCACGCAUGGUCAGUUAUAUGUUGUUUUAUCUAGAGUCAAAAGCAAGCAAGGUUUGAAAGUACUAAUUAUGGAUGAUGAUGAUGGUAUUAUUGACAGUAAAACAACGAAUGUUGUAUACAAAGAAAUGUUUAUCAAUAUAUGA